GCUACGAGCUUCCCGGGUGCUGCUGGUGGGGAUGAAGGGUCUCGGAGCAGAAGUGGCAAAGAAUCUCAUCCUGGCAGGAGUCAAAGGCUUGACCAUGCUGGACCAUCAGCAGGUUUCCCAAGAGGACACUCGAGCUCAGUUCCUCAUCCCGGUGGGUUCCUUGGGCCGUAACCGAGCCGAGGCCUCGCUGGAGCGGGCACAGAACCUCAACCCCAUGGUGGAUGUCAAAGCUGACCCCGAGGCUGUGGAGAGCAAACCUGAGGAGUUCUUCACCCAGUUUGAUGCAGUCUGUCUGACCGGCUGCUCCAGGGAUGUGAUGGUGAAAAUCGACCAGAUUUGCCACAAGAACAGUGUCAAGUUCUUCACAGGUGAUGUUUUCGGCUACCACGGCUACAUGUUUGCUGACCUUGGGGAGCACGAAUUUGUGGAAGAGAAAACCAAAGUUGCCAAAGUCAAUCCCAGCGUGGAGGACGGGCCAGACACCAAAAAAGCCAAACUUGACUCGGCAGAGACCACCAUGGUGAAAAAACGGGUGGUGUUUUGCCAGCUGAAGGAAGCUCUGUCCGUCGACUGGAGUGGGGAGAAGGCAAAGGCGGCGCUGAAACGCACCACGCCAGAUUAUUUCCUCCUCCAAGUGCUGUUGAAGUUCCGGACAGACAACGGCCGGGAUCCUUCUCCCCAAAAUUACGCCGAGGACUCGAAGCUGCUGCUCCAGAUCCGCCAGGAUGUGCUGGAGGGGCUGGGCCUCAGCACCGACCUGCUGCCCGAUGAGUUCGUCAG